AUGGCUGACGCGCUCAAGGCAGAGGGCAACAAGCUCUUUGCAGAGAAGAAGUUCGAAGAGUCCAUCGAAAAGUUCUCUCAAGCAAUUGAGCUCGACCCUUCGAACCACGUGCUCUACUCGAACCGAUCAGGCGCAUACGCCUCGCUGAAGAACUGGGAGCAAGCCCUUGCAGAUGCAAACAAGACGACAGAGAUCAAGCCCGACUGGGCAAAGGGUUGGGGCCGCAAGGGCACGGCGCUGCACGGUACGGGCGACCUGGUCGGAGCUUCGGACGCCUUCGACGAGGCCCUGAAGCUUGACGCCAACAACGCUCAGGCAAAGUCUGGCCUUGCCGCGGUCCGUCGGGCUAUUGAACAGGAAGCGCAGGCAGAUGGCUUAGGCGGCGACCCCUCAGCUGGGCUCGGUGGCAUGUUCAACGACCCCAACAUGAUCCAGAAGUUGGCCAGCAACCCCAAGACAGCGUCUCUACUCGCAGACCCCGCCUUCAUGGAGAAGCUACAGCAGCUGAAGAGCAACCCCAACCGGGUGGGCGAGUUCAUGCAAGAUCCUCGCUUCCUGCAGGUCAUGAGCGUGCUGCUGGGCAUCGACAUGCAGUUUGGCGGGCCCGGAGAGCAGGGCGGCGCGGGAGCCGACGCUGGCGUGACCGAGGCGCAAGAGGACGUGGAGAUGCCCGAUGCACGACCCACACCACCACAGCCCAAGCAGGAGCCAGAGCCACAGCCAGAGCCAGAACCUGAAAUGGAGGAGACCGACGAGGACAAGGCAGCAAAGGAAGCCAAGAUCACAGCAGACGAGUUGAAGAAGAAGGGCACCGAGUUCUACAAGAAGCGUCAGUUCGACGAUGCGAUUGAGUACUACACAAAGGCAUGGGAAACACACAAGGAUAUCGCGUACAUGACCAACCUGGGUGCUGCCAAGUUCGAGAAGGGCGACUACCCAGGUUGCAUUGAGGCGUGUCAGCAGGCCAUCGACUAUGGUCGCGAGAUCUACGCAGAUUUCAAGAUCAUUGCAAAGGCCUAUGCUCGCAUCGGUACCGCGUACGAGAAGCAGGGCGACCUUGCCAAUGCGAUCAAAUUCUACCAGAAGGCUCAGACAGAGCACCGCACCCCCGAUGUCCUCGCCAAGCUCCGCGCAGCAGAGAAGGCAAAGAUCACGCAGGAUAAGCAGUCUUAUAUCAACCCUGAAGAGGCCGAGAAAGCUCGCGAGCUUGGAAACACCAAGUUCAAGGAGGCCGACUGGCCCGCCGCCGUCGAAGCAUACACUGAAAUGAUCAAGCGCGCACCAGAUGACCCCAGAGGCUAUUCGAACCGAGCUGCCUGCUAUAUCAAGCUUCUCGCGUUCCCGUCAGCUAUCGAGGACUGCGAUCAAGCCACCAAGCUCGACCCCAAGUUCAUCCGCGCGUACCUACGAAAGGCCCAGGCGUACUUCGUCAUGAAGGAGUACAACAAGUGUGUCAACGUGUGUGCUGAAGCUAUGGAGCAUGACGAGGGUGGCAAGAACGCGCGCGAAAUUCAGCAGCAAGAGACCAAGGCUCUGCAAGCCCAGUACUCCGCACGAGAGGGUGAGACCGAGCAACAGACCAUGGAGCGCAUCCAGCGAGACCCAGAAAUCACUGGCAUUCUCCAGGACCCCAUUAUGCAGAGCAUCCUGCAGCAAGCCAAGGACGACCCUGCGGCAUUGCAGGAACAUCUCAAGAAUCCCGGCAUUCGCUCGAAGAUUCAGAAGCUUGUCCAUGCCGGUGUCAUCCGCAUGGGGCGAUGA